UUGUUUUUACUAUCGUGCCUUAACGACCUCGUUAUCUUAUUUCGCAGAGUAUUAGUCAUGUCUUCAAACAAUUAUGAAUACAUUUGUCCUAAUCAUCGUUUGAUACGCAACCUUGGAGGAAAUGGCACAAUGGUGACAAUCCAAUACUCGGGUGUAAAACUUGUGUCAAUUCGGAGGUUUCAUUGGGUGAAAGGCGAGAGACGUCCUUCUAAAGGAAUAAGUUUGACAGUGCAGCAGUGGUUAAACUUAAAGAAAAAUAUGGAUGCGAUUGAAAAGGCCUAUCAUGAAAGGAGUGCAUAUUCAGAAUCCGAUCCCGACGACGAAAUCGUUGUCUGUGAUCUUGGUUCCUCAAAAGAUGGACACAAGAUGGUUUGCGUGAAGUCUUGGAAGAAACAGAUUCGGAUCGACAUUCGCGAAUGUUACUUUGAAGAUGGCAUCCGGAAGAAUGGCAGAAAAGGUAUCUCAUUACCCAUGAAGCGGUGGAUUAAGCUUCGCAGCUGCAUUCGACAAAUAGACAAUGCAGUGGACAAAGAACUUAGGAAACUUAGGAAAUUGCAGAAGCAUUAGUCCACAUAUCGAAUUUGAUUUGGACUGAGAAAGUAGAACUGAUUAUAGUAAAAUGACCAAGUUCUGCAAACAUAGCUUCGGCUUCUGGUGAGACACAAAAAUGACAUAAUGAUUCAACUUAGUAACUUACUUUAAAUUUCAGCUUCUAGUUAGUCAAAAGUCCUUAAAUUUAAAGUUAUAAGGGUAAAUCAUUUUUGAAAAGGUCCUGCCAUGUGCAGUCCACAUCUUCAUUAACUUGAUUCUCAGAUUCCAUCUUUCAUUUUAUUACUUUGUAAGUUUUUCUUACAGUUCAAACUUAAAUUAUGUAACAUCUUACCAGAUACUAGUGAAUAUUCAAGAGAGAAAAAGUUUUGAUACUA